UCUGACUAAUAUUCCCCUUGGUUUCUUUGCAUCAUUCAGUAUAAUCGCCGGAGUUUUCUAACUGUCGUUUCUGCUCCGUGGAUUGGGCAAAAAUGGCGCCUCCUGGACAGAGAACUGUCUGGGAUUGCGUGAAUGAGCAGACAAAGCUUGCUCAAGAAAAGGGCAUUGACCCAAUUCUUUGGGCGGCUCAGUUGUCGGCGAGCUUGAACGCGGCGUCGGAGCGGUCGGAUUUACCGUCGUCGGAGGCGGCGGAGGCACUCGUCUCCUACAUUUGUUGGGACAACAACGUCCCUAUUCUCUGGAAGUUUCUGGAAAAGGCCAUGACUUUGAAGCUCGUGCCUCCUUUGCUUGUUCUCGCCCUGCUCGCUGACAGAGUUCUUCCAAGUAGGCGUUCGCAACCGGCUGCUUAUCGGCUUUUCCUGGAACUCCUCAAGAGACAUGCUUUUUGCACUAGUGAUCUUAUUACAGAUCCUCAUUAUCAAAAGGCCAUGAAAUCAAUAGACAGUGUUCUUCAUCUUUCAGAGAUUUUUGAUCUGAAAACAAGUGAACCCGGUAUACUUUUGGCAGAGUUCAUCUUUGUGACGGUGUCACUAUUGGUAGAUGCAUCCUUAAGCGACGAAGGUCUAUCGGAGCUUAGCCAAGACCGGAAAUCUAAAUGGCUGAUCGAUUCUCGAGAAAUGGAAAUAGAUGUGCACGAGAAGAGAACGGAAUACCAUGAGAAGCUGCAGAGUUUAAAUACCGUCAUGGGUAUAGAGGUGAUCAUUGAGUUUCUGAGCAAUAAAGUGACCUCUAGAUUACUUCACUUGGUCCGCCAGAACAUGCCCUCACAUUGGCAAGGGUUUGUGCACAGAGUACAGAUACUUGUGGCGAAUUCAUCCGCCAUGAAAAGCUCAAAGUUUCUUCCGGAAGUUCUUCUGCAGUUGAUCUCGGAUAGACGACCUGCACUUUCUCAUGAUGGCAAAGCAAAUUCAUUAUCGAAAUCCGACGUAAUUCUGGAUUUUGGAUCGCUGGCUUCCUUCACUGGUUUAUGUCACGGGGCAAGUCUCUCUACUCUCUGGCUCCCUCUUGAUCUCGUACUCGAAGAUGCUAUGGAUGGAUAUCAAGUGAGUGCAACAAGUGCUAUUGAAAUAAUAACCGGUCUGACUAAAACGCUCAAGGCGAUUAACAGCAGUACUUGGCAUGAUACGUUCUUGGCCCUUUGGGUUGCAGCUCUCAGACUUGUUCAAAGGGAACGAGAUCCUAUUGAGGGACCUAUUCCCCGACUGGACACAAGGCUCUGCAUGUCGUUGUCUAUUGUACCUCUUGUGGUUGCCAACCUUAUAGAACAUGAAGAUAUGCUACUGAAACAAGAAAACGGUUCUUCCACUAGCCGUUGGAAAGACAAGGAGAUCAUUAGGAGUCAUAGGGCCGAUCUUAUUACGAGUUUGCAGGUCCUUGGUGACUUCCCAGGUUUGCUGGCUCCACCCAAGUGCGUUGUUUCUGCUGCCAAUCAGGCAGCAACAAAAGCAAUGUUGUUUGUGUCUGGCAGCGUCAAUGUCGGGAAUGCACAUUUCGAUGUCUUCAACAUGAAAGAUAUGCCUGUCAGUUGCACUGGAAACAUGCGCCAUCUGAUAGUUGAGGCUUGUAUCACGAGGAACAUGUUGGAUACAUCAGCCUACUCGUGGCCUGGCUAUGUCGAUGGCCGUAUCAGCCAAAUGCCUCACAGUUUACCAACCGAGAUGCCUAGCUGGUCUUCGUUCCUGAACGGGUCCCCCCUUAACGCUGCAAUGGUUAAUGCAUUGGUUUCACUCCCUGCUUCAAGCUUAGCAGAGCUCGAGAAAAUUUUCGAGAUUGCAAUCAAAGGAUCGGAAGAUGAGAAGAUAUCUGCUGCAACCGUUCUUUGCGGGGCAUCCCUUACUCGGGGUUGGAACGUACAGGAGCAUACUGUCCAGUUCAUUACAAGAUUACUAUCUCCACCAGUUCCAGCGGAUUAUUCUGGAACUGAGAGUCACUUGAUUGGUUAUGCCCCCAUGCUAAAUGUUCUUAUUGUCGGGAUUGGAUCUGUCGACUGCAUUCAGAUAUUCUCUUUACAUGGAAUGGUUCCACAACUCGCUUGCUCGAUCAUGCCGGUAUGCGAAGAGUUUGGAUCAUACACGCCAAAUGUGUCGUGGAAACUUCCUACGGGAGAAGACAUUUCAGCCCAUUGCGUUUUCUCGAAUGCUUUCACUCUUCUGUUAAAGCUAUGGAGAUUCAACCAUGCUCCUAUCGAGCACGGUGUAGGAGACGUACCCACAGUCGGAUCACAGCUAACUCCUGAGUACCUUCUCUUAGUCCGUAAUUCCCAUCUCGUGCCAUCUGAAAACGUUCAUAGAGAUCGAAACAAGAAGAGACUUUCGGAAGUUUCCAAGUCAUCGUCUUCUAAACCCGUUUUUGUUGACUCGUUCCCGAAGCUAAAAGUCUGGCAUAGGCAACAUCAGAGAUGUAUAGCUGCAACACUCUCUGGCCUCAUCCAUGGAUCUUCUGUUCACCGGACAGUUGAAUCACUUCUCAACAUGAUGUUCGGAAAGGUUUCUAAUCGAGGUGGUCAGAAUUUGAACUCGGGUACCAGUAGUUCCUCGGGAGCUGGAAGCGAAGACAGCUCUCUAAGACCGAUGCUUCCUGCUUGGGACAUUCUCGAAGCUGUUCCUUACGUUGUUGAUGCUGCUUUGACGGCUUGCUCCCAUGGAAGGCUCUCUCCUCGCGAGCUUGCUACAGGUUUGAAAGAUUUAGCGGAUUUUCUGCCCGCGUCAUUGGCGCCUAUAGUAAGCUACUUCUCGGCCGAGGUGAGUAGAGGCGUAUGGAAGCCGGUUUUCAUGAACGGCAUGGAUUGGCCGAGUCCCGCUGCGAAUCUAUCCAAUGUCGAGGAAUAUAUGAAGAAGAUUCUUGCAACAACAAGCGUCGACAUCCCUAGCCUUGCUCCAGGAGGGAGUUCUCCGGCUACGCUUCCUUUACCGUUAGCCGCCUUUGUAAGUCUAACCAUAACUUACAAAAUCGACAAAGCCUCGGAGAGGUUUCUGAAUCUAGCCGGCCCGGCUCUCGAGUGUCUCGCUGCAGGUUGUCCAUGGCCGUGCAUGCCCAUCGUCACUUCGUUAUGGACGCAAAAGGCGAAACGGUGGUUCGACUUCCUCGUUUUCUCGGCAUCUCGUACCGUCUUCCUUCACGACCGAGAUGCUGUGGUUCAGCUCCUUCGGAACUGCUUCAGUGCCACCCUCGGUUUGAACGCUACACCCAUUUCCAAUGACGGCGGAGUUGGAGCUCUUCUUGGCCAUGGCUUUGGCUCUCAUUUCUACGGCGGGAUCUCCCCCGUAGCACCUGGGAUCCUCUACCUACGUAUGCACCGUUCUCUGAGAGAUACCGCCUUCGUUUCCGAGGAGAUUUUCUCCCUUUUGGUUCAUUCCAUCACUGAAAUCUCCCGGAAUGGGCUCUCGAACGGGAAAAGAUACAACCAGGCAUCGCUUGCAAGAGCGAUGGCUCGAGUAAAGCUCGCGGCUUCUCUCAGCGCUUCCUUGGUAUGGCUAACCGGCGGAUUAGGAGUGGUCCAUCUACUCAUCAAAGAGAUCCUCCCGUCUUGGUUUCUGAUCGUACACAGGCCGGACCACGAGCCAGUAGGAGGAGGACUGCCUUCUGGUCUAGUAGCGGAGCUACGAGGGCAUGCACUCGCUCACUUCAUAGUCCUUUGCGGAUCAUUGGCUUGGGGAGUGGAUUCGGCCUCGUCCGCUUCGAGACGGAGGCCCAGGAUACUCAGGAGCCACAUGGCGUUCAUAGCGAGUGCCAUGGAUGGGAAAGUAGCGGUAGGGUGCGAGAGCGAGACUUGGAGGACGUACGUAUCGGGAUUGGUGAGUUUGAUGGUGAGAUGUUUGCCCGAAUGGGUGAAGGAGAUGGAGGUGGAGGCGUUGAAGACUGUGAGCGAAGGUCUGCGUCAAUGGCGGAAAGAGGAGCUUGCUUUUGAGUUGCUCGCCAUGGGAGGGAUCAGAGCUAUGGCUCCUGCUUCUGAUUUCGUCCUCCAUCUCCGUUCCUUCCGACAUCAUCAUCAUCAUCAUCAUCUCAUGACCUUGUCCUUUUUUUGUGUUCUGUCAGAAAUACAGAGAGUUGCAGAGUUUAGUUGCUUCGAGUGAUUCUUUGUUUUUCUCUUUUUGGAUGAAUGUAACAGGGCAUUGUAUUUGUAUAAUGUAUAGAGAGGAUUUGAAAAAGUUUAAAUAUAUAUUGCGAUCUUGAAAAAAAAUAUAUUUUUUUUA